AUGGUGUCGAGGAUUGUGAUUCUCCCUCUCGCUGUUACUCUGCUCCUCUUUGCUUCAACGAUUGUUCGAGCCACCGAUGUCCAUUACUGUGAGGAGAAUGCAGAGUAUGAAGUAAAAGUGAAAGAUGUUGAUAUAUCGCCUAAUCCUAUAGCUCGAGGCGAGCCUGCUACUUUCACCGUCUCUGCCAACACAGUUCGUAGGAUCUCUGGUGGGAAUCUGGUGAUUGAAGUUUCAUAUUUUGGAUGGCAUAUCCACUCGGAGACACAUGACCUCUGCUCUGAGACAACCUGUCCUGUAGAAACCGGAGAUUUCUUGGUCGCACACUCUCAAGUUCUUCCUGGUUAUACUCCUCCUGGUUCAUAUUCGCUGCAAAUGAGGAUGCUUGAUGCGCAUAAGAAGGAGUUAACAUGCAUUAAGUUCUCCUUGGACAUUGGAGCCGGACCAUCUGUGGCUGAUAUUUAG